CACCCCACACGUGCAUUUUACUUUUGGGCAAUCGGGAACGUGGUUAAAAAAGAACGUAGUUUCCAUCCAGUUUUCACGGCUCACCAUGGUGCGGCCUAACAACAACCAGCUGCCGGAGAACCUGCCGCAGCUGCAGAACCUGAUCAAGCGGGAUCCGGAGUCGUACAGCGAUGAGUUCCACAUCCAGUACCAGCACUUCCUCAGCCUGCUGGAGGUCUUUGCCCUUAAUCCCAGCGAGGAGAACAAAUCCCUGGAUGACAUCGUCAUGUUCGUGGCCCAGGUGGCCCAGUGCUAUCCGGCCGUCUGUGAGGAGUUCCCCAAGCGCCUGUCCGAUCUGCUAAAGAACUACGCCACCGUUUUGGAUCCUGCUAUGCGGAAUUGCUUUGUAAAGGCCCUGAUCCUGCUGAGAAACAAGAACCUUGUGCCCGCCUUGGACAUUCUGGAGCUGUUCUUCCAGCUGCUGCGGUGUCCGGACAAGAAUCUGCGCACCUUUCUGCAGACGCACAUUGUGACCGACAUCAAGAACAUGAAUGCCAAGCACAAGGAUAUGAAGCUCAAUUCGAGCCUGCAGGCCUUCAUGUACUCCAUGCUGAAAGAUGCCAAUCCCAAGGCGGCCAAGAUGUCGGCUGAUAUCAUGAUUGAACUGUACAAAAAGAACAUCUGGAACGAUCCCAAGACGGUGAACGUGAUAGCCACAGUUGGCUGCUUCUCCAAGGUGACCAAGGUGCUGGUCACCUCGCUCAAGUUCUUCCUCGGUCACGACGAAGAAGACGAGGAGGAGGACACUGACAGCGAGAACGAAGUGGAUCUGAAGGGAGCUCUGAUGGCCAAUCGUGUCAACAAGAAGACCAAGAAGCGGACAAAACAACUGGCGCAGAUCAAGAAGCAGGCAGUAAAGGCGCAGAAGAAGAAAAAGAAUGCGCCUGCCUUCAACUUUUCGGGCAUCCACCUGCUGCAUAAUCCGCAGGGCAUGGCCGAGGGUCUCUUCAAGCAACUGCAGUCCACCAACGAGCGUUUUGAGGUGAAACUGAUGCAUUUGGACGUUAUUUCCCGCCUGAUCGGCAUCCACGAGCUGUUUCUUUUCGGCUUCUAUCCGUAUAUAACUCGCUUUCUGCAGCCCCACCAACGUCAGGUGACCCGUGUGCUCCAGUUUGCCGCCCAGGCUUCACACGAACUGGUUCCCGGGGACAUCAUCGAGCCCAUCCUUAAGACGAUCGCCAACAACUUCAUUACCGAGCGCAACUCCAGUGAUGUAAUGGCCAUCGGUCUGAAUGCCACGCGUGAGAUUUGCAUGCGCUGUCCCCUGGCCAUGGGCGAGGAUCUGCUCCAGGACCUGGCCAUGUACAAAACCUACAAGGAGAAGUCUGUGAUGAUGGCAGCAAGGUCGCUAAUCACACUCUACCGAGAACAGCUGCCGGCCCUGUUGCACAAAAAGGAUCGAGGCAGGCAGACGGAGGCCCAGGCAGAACGAAAGGUUCGUGCCUACGGAGAGCGCGAAAUCCAUGACACUGUGCUAGGUGCGGAGGCUCUGCUCAAUAACUCCAAGACAAUUGACAUUGAGAGCGAUGAGGAUACGGACUCCAACGAUGGGGAGUGGGUUAAUGUGACGCACAGUGAUGGCGAGGCAGGUGGAGACGGUGAGGAGGAUGAAGAAGAUGACGACGACGACGAGGAGGAGGAAGACGAUGAUGAAGAGGAGGACGAGGACGAGGACAACAGUGACCAGGAAGAUGAGGAAGAGGACAAUACGGAUGAAGGCGUGGCGAGUGGCGAAGAGUCAGCGAAGUCGGCAAAGACCAAGAAGGAGAAGAAGGAUAUGAAAAUUCUGAACCAGAAGGAGGCUGCCCAGGAACUGGCUCUUACGCGCAUUUUCACAGACGAGGAUUUCAAGCGCAUCAACGCAGCCAACCUGAAGAAGACCGUGACCAGUGCCCGCAAGCGGCCGCUGGAACAGGAUCGUGCCGAGUUCGUCAAGCUGAACAGCAUCGAGAUGAUCUACAAGAAGCGCAAGCACGACAAGGAGUCGCGAUUGGCGACUGUGCAGGAGGGCCGGCAGGAUCGGGAGCGCUUUGGCUGGAAGGACGGGCGUGUGAACGAGCACUGCUCGAAGACGAACCGCGAGAAGCGCAAGACCAAGAACUUUGGCAUGCUGCGACACAAGGCACGCUCCAAGGUCAAGAAGAGCUUCAAGGACAAGCAGCAGGCACUCAGGAAACAUCUGCUCCACCAGAAGAAGAUGAAGUAGUUGCCCCUGGGGCUCAUAUCCUUGUAGUGUUUUAAAUAAAUACUAAUAUAAGAGCUAUGUAUAGCAAUUUUUUAA